CCCUUAAAGAAUGCGUUCCAGAAGCAGUGACACGGAGGGCUCAGCCCAAAAGCAAUUUCCAAGACAUAGUGAAGACUACAGUUUCCAAGGUCCUGAGGACAUGAAGCAGAGACAGCAAGACAAAGACCCCACCAGUGAGUCAGAUGCAAUCCUUCCAUAUCCUAAGUCACACAGUGGUAAUGGCCACCAAGGAGAAGACCUCUCAAGAGACGACCUAUUAUUUCUUCUCAGCAUUCUGGAGGGAGAACUGCAGGCUCGAGAUGAAGUCAUAGGCAUUUUAAAGGCUGACAAAAUGGACUUGGCUUUGCUGGAAGCUCAGUAUGGGUUUGUCACUCCAAAAAAGGUGCUAGAAGCUCUCCAGCGAGAUGCUUUUCAAGCAAAAUCUGCCCCUUGGCAGGAGGACAUCUAUGAGAAACCAAUGAAUGAGUUGGACAAAGUCGUGGAAAAACAUAAAGAAUCUCACAGACGAAUCCUGGAACAGCUUUUAACGGUAGAAAAAUCUCACAGGCAAACCAUAUUAGAGUUGGAGGAAGAAAAGAGAAAACAUAAAGAAUACAUGGAGAAGAGUGAUGAAUUCAUAAGCUUGCUAGAACAGGAAUGUGAAAGAUUAAAAAGGUUAAUUGACCAAGAAACGGAGUCCCAGAAGAAGAAGGAGCAAGAAAAAGAGAAGAGGGUCACUGCCCUGAAAGAGGAGCUGACCAAACUGAAGUCUUUUGCUUUGAUGGUGGUGGACGAACAACAAAGGCUGACGGCACAGCUUGCCCUUCAAAGACAGAAAAUCCAAGACCUAACCACGAGUGCAAAGGAAACACAUGCUAAACUAGCCCUUGCUGAAGCCAGAGUUCAGGAAGAAGAGCAGAAGGCAACCAGACUAGAGAACGAUCUGCAAACGCAGACCACAAAGUUUCACCAGAACCAAGAAACAAUUAUGGCGAAGCUCACCAAUGAGGACAGCCAAAAUCGCCAGCUUCGACAAAAGCUGGCAGCACUCAGCCGGCAAAUUGAUGAGUUAGAAGAGACAAACAGGUCUUUACGAAAAGCAGAAGAGGAGCUGCAAGAUAUAAAAGAAAAAAUUAACAAGGGAGAAUAUGGAAACUCCAGCAUCCUGGCUGAGGUUGAGGAGCUCAGGAAACGUGUGCUAGAAAUGGAAGGGAAGGAUGAAGAGCUCAUAAAAAUGGAGGAGCAGUGCAGAGAUCUCAAUAAGAGGCUGGAAAAGGAAACAUCACUGAGUAAAGACUUUAAACUCGAGGUUGAAAAACUCAGUAAAAGAAUUAUGGCUCUGGAAAAAUUAGAAGAUGCUUUCAACAAAAGCAAACAAGAAUGUUACUCUCUGAAAUGUAAUUUAGAAAAAGAAAGGAUGACCACAAAGCAGUUAUCUCAGGAACUGGAGAGUUUAAAGAUAAGGAUCAAAGAGCUAGAAGCCAUUGAAAGUCGGCUGGAGAAGACAGAAUUCACCCUAAAAGAGGAUUUAACUAAACUGAAAACAUUAACUGUGAUGCUGGUAGAUGAACGGAAAACAAUGAGUGAAAAAUUAAAGCAAACUGAAGAUAAGUUACAAGCUGCUGCUUCUCAGCUUCAAAUGGAGCAAAAUAAAGUGACAACGGUUACUGAGAAGUUAAUUGAAGAAACUAAAAGGGCACUGAAGUCCAAAACUGAUGUGGAAGAAAAAAUGUACAGUGUAACGAAAGAGAGAGAUGAUCUAAAAAACAAACUGAAAGCAGAAGAAGAGAAAGGAAAUGAUCUCCUGUCCAAAGUUAACAUGUUGAAAAACAGGCUUCAAUCAUUGGAAGCAAUUGAGAAAGAUUUCCUAAAAAACAAAUUAAAUCAAGAUUCUGGUAAGUCCACAACAGCAUUACACCAAGAGAACAAUAGGAUUAAAGAGCUCUCUCAAGAAGUGGAAAGACUGAAACUGAAGUUAAAGGAUAUGAAAGCCAUUGAGGAUGACCUCAUGAAAACUGAAGAUGAGUAUGAGACGCUAGAACGAAGGUAUGCUAAUGAACGAGACAAAGCUCAAUUUUUAUCUGAAGAGCUGGAACAUGUUAAAAUGGAACUUGCCAAAUACAAGUUAGCAGAAAAGACAGAGUCCAGCCAUGAACAAUGGCUUUUCAAAAGGCUUCAGGAAGAAGAAGCUAAAUCAGGUCACCUCUCAAGAGAAGUGGAUGCGCUGAAAGAGAAAAUUCAUGAAUACAUGGCAACUGAGGACCUGAUAUGUCACCUCCAGGGAGAUCAUUCAGUUCUGCAAAAGAAACUCAGUCAACAAGAAAACAGGAACAGAGAUUUAGGAAGAGAGAUUGAAAACCUCACUAAAGAGUUAGAGCGGUACCGUCAUUUCAGUAAGAGCCUCCGGCCCAGUCUCAAUGGAAGAAGAAUCUCUGACCCUCAAGUAUUUUCCAAAGAAGUUCAAACAGAAGCAGUGGACAAUGAGCCACCUGAUUACAAGAGUCUCAUUCCUCUGGAACGAGCAGUCAUCAACGGUCAGUUAUAUGAGGAGAGUGAGGACCAGAAUGAGGACCCUCAUGAUGAGGAGUCCAUGCUGUCCUUCAAAUGCAACUCAUCUACUCCCUGUCCUGUUAACAGGAAGCUAUGGAUUCCUUGGAUGAAGUCCAAGGAGGGCCACCCUCAGAAUGGAAAAAUACAAACUAAACCCAGUGGCAACUUCGUGCAACCUGGAGAUCUAGUCCUAAGCCACACACCUGGGCAGCCACUUCAUAUAAAGGUUACUCCAGACCAUGUCCAAAACACAGCCACUCUUGAAAUCACAAGUCCGACCACAGAGAGUCCUCACUCUUACACAAGCACUGCAGUGAUACCAAACUGUGGCACCCCAAAGCAAAGAAUAACCAUCCUCCAAAAUGCUUCCAUAACUCCAGUGAAAUCAAAAACCUCUGCUGAAGGCCUUAUGAAUUUCGAGCAAGGCAUGCCCCCAAUUACCAUGGCGACCUUUGCCAGGGCACAGACCCCAGAGUCUUGUGGUUCCAUAACUCCAGAAAGGACAAUGUCACCUAUUCAGGUUUUGGCUGUUACUGGUUCAGCUAGCUCCCCUGAGCAGGGACGCUCUCCAGAGCCGAUAGAAAUCAGUGCCAAGCACACGAUUUUCAGAGUCUCCCCUGAUCGGCAGUCAUCAUGGCAGUUUCAGCGUUCAAACAGUAACAGUUCAAGUGUGAUAACUACUGAGGAUAAUAAAAUCCACAUUCAUUUAGGAAGUCCUUACAUGCAAGCCGUAGCUAGCCCCGUGAGACCUGCCAGCCCUUCAGCAUCACUGCAGGAUAACCGAACUCAAAGCUUAACUAAUGGGGCACUAAACAAAACAACCAAUAAAGUCACCAGCAGUAUUACUAUCACACCAACAGCCACACCUCUUCCUCGACAAUCACAAAUUACAAUCAAGGAGGUAUGCAAGCAGAGAAUCCCAACACGGAUCCCUAAACCAAAAUCUACAGGCAUUGCUAAGCUUUCCCCUAAAGCUCUCCCAGGGCCUAUGGAUAAGACUGGCUGUGGGAAGCUUCACAUCAUAAGGACUGUCACCUCUAAUACUUUCCUCCACAUGGGAGGGAAAAGGUAAGUCAUGCAAAUGUACUGCCUGGAUACAUUCACCUACAGAAAUAUCUGGAAAGCUGGAGUUACUAGUAUGGGAGGACAAAGAUGAAGGGCCGUCUCUCCAGGAAAUGGUGAAACAGCAAACAGACAGAUGUUCAUUCACAGGUUGCUGGACCUGGUGAAUAUCAUCCUGAAAGAGCAGGACAUAUGCAAUUACUUUAACUAUAUAUGUAUAUGCAUAUACACACAAUCACAGGCCCAGACACACACCCCAAAUCCUCCCAACUCCUCAUCCUACUUGUAAUCCAACCCAAAGUUGGACUAUCAUUAGCCUGGAAUAGGACUGAAUUCAUUAGAACAGAUCAAAAGUUUUCUGGUGAACCCAGAAGCAAUUCAUUCCACAGAACUUUGCCAAGAAGAUGUGGUAUCAAGGAUUCCUAAUCUGCUUCAAGAAAGUCAGAUUAUUUCCAUCAAAAUGGCACGACAACUAAAAUCAUACUUUAAGUUCUAAAAAUAUGACUUCUUUAUGACCAGGAGGAAAAAAACAAGUGGUACUUCUUAGUUACGAGGAAGAAAGGAACAACAAAAAUGAGUAACAGCCGAACACGUCCUUUGUGUGGCCUACCUGAUAACUGCUGGUGUAGUGUGUACACUUGGCCGCUGGCACUUAGUCUUCUGUCCCACUUUCCCUAGUAAGUUGCCCCUCCUGUAUAUAUAGGCCACGGAAUCUCAUUGCUAGGCUUGUAAAGCCAACCAUUUUAGAUUGGUAUCGUUGCUUUCUAUAGUAAUCAGGACAUCUGAGAGUCAAAGGUCACUAAUACUAAGAUCUUUUAGGGAGAUAUGAAUCACUGUCUUGGAUGUUUAAAAAAAAAGACAAUUUAUCAUCUCAAAGGACAUUCUUUAAUCACAUCUGAAUCAACACUAUUGAAAACUCGGUUCAAAAAAAAAGCUUGGGAUCAGGAGACUCAAAUUCCAAUUCCAGUUUUUCACUCAUUUGACACUGAGCUUGGCAUUCAUUAGUCUAAGCCUUGAGUUUCUAGUAUGUAAAACAGAAAAGCUGAAUAAUUCUUCAGGUCCCUUCCAGUUCUCGUCAUCCGUGAGUAUGUCAACUAAGAAAACUGAAUUCAACCAGUCAUCUACAAGGCGGGGCUCAGUUCCCUGGCAGUAAACUACAGUGGUUCUUUUCUUCACACUAAAAACUCACUGAAUCAAGGGAAACAUGUGUCUGUAAUUUAGUGUGGAUAGAGUAACACAAUGAUAUUUUAAGACAAAUAAGGCAUUUCUGACAUGGGAGACAGUUAUAUCUCACAAAGCUUCAGUCAGAAAAAAUAAAUACAUUCUACAGAGAGCAUACCCAAGGUUUUCUGUGAUUUGGCACUAAGAACUGGAUGCAUGAUCCUGGAAGAAAUCCUGCUGGUUAAGGACAGUGCUUUAGCUGGCUGUCCUGGGAUGGAGUCAGCAGAGCAGGAGCAAAGGAACUGCCAUUCUUCACAUUCAUCCAGCCAGUCCCAACUCAAUGCACUGAUGUCACUAUACAAAUGUCCCUGGGACCCACUUCAAUUUCAAGGAGGAGGACAAGGCGCUGGAAGCCUGGGUAGCAUUGAGCUGUACCAGCCAAAGAGAGGGAUGAUGUGCAGCAGUCAGCAGGCAAGCGGCAUAGGGAGAAGGUGAGGAGGUUGGGUGAAUUAAAAACCCGAAGUGGAAGAGUCUAAGUUAAAUGAAAGCAGUAAGAGAAUAAUGGAAGGAGUGGACUACAAAAAAAGAUGAUGACCCUCUGACAUGAAAAUAAUACAAGAGAGACAGUUCAGAAGGAAGUGCAGGGCAGUAACAGGUGGAUGGUGCAGUGGGAAAAUGCGUAGGGGGCUUAGGGCUGUGCCUGACAUUAGCAGGUAAUAUUCAGCGAACAGAGAAUGAGUGAAUGAGGGAGAGAAGGGCCAUUCAGUCACGACAUAAGUGAGAAAAGGUGCUAAGAGAUCGCACUGGUAUAUGAUAGGGUCAGGAAAAGCAGAUAUGCUGGGUACCAUUCAACACUGAUAAUUAUGCUAAUGCAAAGAAAAAACACUGAACCUCCUAGGGUGGAACCCAAAUAGACUGAAGAAAACCAUGAAACAAAACAGGAAAAACAAGCACCAACAGUACUCCUGGAAAAACUCAAUACCCUGGGAAUGUUUUACCUUGAAGAUGAACACAAAAUAUAUUUUACGUUAGAGAUUUCAAACUUGUUUUCUGCUAUGUUAAGAGACUCCCUAAAGUACAUUUUCAUGCCAAGCGGCAUAAGUUCAAGAGCAAGCAAGAUAAGAAAGACAAGAUAUUGUACAAAUAACUAAAAAAAGGAUAGGAAAAUAGCUACACUUCUAUGGCAAGCAGCAGAAACCUAUCUUUAAAUGGUAAUACAGUUCUAAUCCCAUUAAGACAAAAGUCUUUAAAAUAACACAAUCUAUCCUAACAAAAACUAUGCUUAUUUUAAAGCAAUAUGUAGUGCAAUAAAAAUGCAUAAACAACUUAGACCUGGGAUAAGUUCAACAAAAUGGUGUUUGACCUAUAACACAACCAAAAUAUAAAGAAUUCUGCCUCCUGAGCAUAAUCCUGUUUCUGCAGAACUGUGAUUCUUCCAAAGAUAAAAAUAAAAGAAGCUAUCCUAAUAAUUCUAUAGUGAUUUUAUUAAGUUAAAUUUUUAAAAGGAAGCAGAUAAAAAUCCAAGUGAACAAAAACACGUUCAAACUGCAACAAAAAUUUUAAUUUUUGUAUGAUUUUGCAUGCUGGAGUCUUCCCUCAGCUGUUCAUUUAUUUAGCUUCAAUGAUUUCGGAACUAAUCUCCUUGCAACUUUUUAGAAUAAAGUAUCUGAUUGUAACAGGAAAGUGACUGAUCUCACACAUAACUGAUAAUUCUGGACUGAGUAAUGGAGUAACUGACGUAAUGGAGUAAUUCUCUCUGGGACGCAUUUCAAAUUCCUGCUUUUGAGGACAUGUGACAUAACACUUGGGGUCUGACACUGAGUCUGGGGCAGGGGUCUAUAAAUGUAAAGACCCCACAGGCCAAAUUCAGCCCACUGUCUUUUUGUAUGUCCUGCAAGUUAAGAAUAGUUUUUACUUUUAAAUAGAAAAAAAAAAUCAAAAGAAAAAUAUUUUGUGAGAUGUGAAAAUUACAUGAAAUUCAAAUUUCAUUGUCUAUAGAUAAAGUUCUAUUGGAACACAGCCACAUUCAUUUGUUUACAUAUUUAUUAUCUGAUCAUUUUUUAUGCUACAAUAGCAGAGUUGAGCAGCUGUGACACUGGCCAACAAAGCCUAAAAUAUUUACUACCUGGCCUUUUACAAAAAAAGUUUCCUGACCUCUGGUCUAGUGUAAACUAGACUAACAAGGAACUCAAGAGCUUAAGAAGAGCUGAAUCAACUAAUUUUUAAAAGCAAUGCUAGCAAUUUAAGAAUGCAAUUAAGAAUUCUAUGAAAGCUGAUGAAAAUGGGAAAACUAUAUUUCAAGCUGUUUGUGAUAUAUUUAGUAAAAUGUAUACUUCUAUGAAUGCCCUAAAGUGUUCAACUAAAGAACAUCAGAUGAGAAAGGAUUUGUGCCACAAAAUAAUGUAAUGUGUUAAUGUUGAAUCUGAGGGGGAAAUGGAACUAUUUCUAGGCCUUCCAAAUUCCCGGCAUUUUCUAAGACAGCAGAGCUACUGUACAUGUUAUUUAGAGAAAGAUGUGUAAAUUUGUACCUUUAAACGUUCAUAAUUGUUGUCAAGAACCACUUGUUUAAUCAUUUGCAAGAAUUAUAGAAAUUGUAUACAGUAAAGUAAAACUUGGUCUUUGUUACACAGUCUUCAAGUACAGAACAAAAAUGUUGCACCUAUCCCUCUCCUCUUUCCUUCCUCUCACCUUUUAAAAUUUAUCCUACCCCUGUUUUUUGCCCUUAAGCAUCUGUCUUAAAAGAAUAUCACUUGCAUUUUGAUUGAACCACAUCAAUGUAUAAAUCCCAUAAACAGAUUAUGUUUUUCCCUCUAACUCCAUUACAGUGUCUAAAAGAGAGCCUAGCAUGAGAGUUCAAUAAAUGACUUUGAAAACAA